AUGCGAUCUUUCUUCAACCAUUUUAGCAUUGACAGUGAACAAACAGUUACUGGAAGACUUAAUGAAGAUCUAAUUCUCCCUUGCUUGUUUGAGAGUGGGCCUGAAGUUGCAAUUCACUGGAAGAUUCAAGGCCAAAACGUUCACAGCUACUACAAAGGCAGCAACAAAUUGGAAAGGCAAGAUCCCAAACAUGCAAACAGGACAUAGCUCUUCCAUAGUGAAAUUCACAAUGGGAAUGAUUCUCUGUCUCUCAUAAAAUUAAACCUUCAGGAUGAUGGCAGUUACAUCUGGUGUACGGGAACAGAAUCUGGAAAAACCACAAACAAAAUAGUGCUAAAGAUGGGAGCUUUCCUCAUGCCUAUGAUGAAGUAUGAAACGAGGAAUACAAGCACCUUCCUAACAUGCUGUGUGUUAAUGAUUUAUCCUCAUCCAACGAUCACAUGGCAAGCAGGCAAUACAGCUGUCUCUGAAAGCACUAUGGAAGAGCUUGAGCCUUCGCCUCCCUUUUAUAUCAAAAGUACACUGAAUGUUACAUUUUCAAAUAAAUCUUAUGAAUGUAUCAUUGAAAAUUCACUGCUGAAGCAAACAUGGAGAGGGCAAUGGGUAAUGAAAGAGCACCUUCAUAAAGUGCAAAGUGAAGACAUUUCACUCUCAUGUCAACUUGCCAACAAUUUUUCUCUACCAAAUCAAGACUUCAUUGUUACUUGGUCCAGAAUGAAAAGUGGGACUUCCUCGGUUCUGGCUUACUUUCUAAGCUCUUCACAAAACACGGUUAUCAGUGAAUCCCAAUUCUCAUGGAACAAAGAGCUGAUCAACCAAAGUCACUUCUCUUGGACUUUGACAGAUCUUUCUCUUUCAGACAAUGGGGAAUAUUUAUGCAAUAUUUCUUCAAGCAAAUAUACUUUACUCAUGGUGCACACACUGCAUGUAGAAAGUUAUAAUCCUAUUUCUCCUGAUGAACAUUCUGGUAAUGCAAAAGAAAACAUGCUUCUUUCAGAUGCCCGGUCAGUGAAGGAAAUGGAGACAGAAGUAUGA